AAGUGACUUAUAACAUUUUCUUGUAUUAUGUGACGGAAAUAUAUAUUGUAUGAAAUAACUGAUAUAUUGGGACAACACGAUGCUUGAAUAUAAUAUUGUCCUAAACCGAAUGUAUUUACGUAUCGUUUGAUCCAGGAAUUCACGUUGGCGGCAGUGCAUGAAAUUCGGCUGCCUUUGUUAGGACGGUUAGGACCAGUUAGGACUGUAAUUGCUGACGUUCACUUGCGUUAACAUUUUGAUAGCACGUUUACAAGUUCGGGAGCGUUCGGGAAUUCGGGAGUGUUACGUUAAUUAUAGUUGGCAAACAAAAUAUUUCCCUUCGUACUUUCAACGUAUGUGCUAAUUUUAAACUGGGUAAAAGUCUCUUACGACGUAUCGUGUUGGGUAAUCGCUGCCGUCUUGUCGAACAGUUCUACGAAACGAAAUAAAUAAUCGGUCGUAGUCGUUCCUGUGUAGCGAUUGUUCGUUCGCCGGACAUUUAAAAUCUGACAACGGUUUUUGAAGAUGGCUGACAAUCAACAAAGUAGGUUUGAAAAGUCUUUGGGGUUAUUAACAACACGUUUUGUUUCCCUGUUGCAAAAAGCACGAGAUGGUGUACUGGAUUUGAAAGUAUUUAAGGCGGCCGAUAUACUAGCUGUGAGGCAGAAAAGGAGAAUAUAUGACAUUACCAAUGUUUUGGAAGGCAUUGGUCUCAUCGAGAAGAAAAGCAAAAAUAGUAUACAAUGGAAGGGUGCUGGGCCAGGAUGCAACACUCAAGAGAUGGCAGACCGUUUGGCAGUACUUAAGAAGGAAAUCUCAAAGUUGGAUGAGCACGAACAAAAGCUGGAUAUGCAUAAGCAGUGGAUGCAGCAGAGUAUUCGUAACAUUACAGAUGAUGUUGAAAACUGUCACCUUGCAUAUGUAACACAUGAAGACAUCUGUAAGUGUUUUCAAGAAGACACAAUGCUUGCAAUCCAGGCUCCUAGUGGAACAGAAUUGGAGGUGCCAUUAGUUGAGCAGAAUGGCAGUAGCAAAAAGAAUUAUCAGAUGCACCUCAAGUCUUCAGUUGGUCCAAUAUAUGUACUGUUAGUGAACAAGGACAUUGAUUGCACCAGCCCUGUGGCAAUAGAAGUUCCACCCCCAAAGGCUGUUUUAGAGUCCAGUGCCAAGGAGGACACUCAAGAAGUGGAUGUAGAGUUGGAAGGCACUGAAAAGCUGCCGGCUGUUGCAGCCCCUAGUCCACCUGCCACUCGUUCCACUAGGUCACGGAACAACUCACCGCAGAAACCUGGCCCAUUAUCACCACGGAUACCAACACGACAAACAACUGUGCCUCAAACUGGAACAACACGCCCACAGAGCCCUUCAAGUAGUUCAAGCCUGAAGCGACGACGAGGUCCAGGGCGACCACCCAAACAGCCACGAAUUGAUCCUGAAGCAGAACAAGAAAGCAGCCCUGUGUUAUUAGAGCCGGAUGUAAUCCUCAGUGAUAUUGUCUCUGCAGGAAGUACAGAUGUGUCAAUGGCAGAGGUAGAUGGAGAAUUAAUGGAAGAACUUAUUUCAGCAGAAAUCUUUGGUCCACUGGUCAGAUUGAGCCCUCCACCAAGUGAGAAAGAUUACUUCUUCAAUUUGGGAGACAGUGAAGGCAUUUGUGAUCUGUUUGAUGUGCCUAUGAUCUCCAUGUGAAGUCUCAAGAAAGAAGUGAAUGUUUCUUUUUAAGGUGAUUCCAAAGAUGGUACAUGAACCACAUUUUGUUUGUUUUUUUAGAUAACUUUUUAUUUGUAUGGUGGACAGUGGUUAUUUUCCUGUUAAACUCCAUUUUCAGUUUAACAUGACAGAAUGUUGUAUGUCAUACAGAAGAGGAUGAGAAAGUGCAUUUUUUAAGUACCUGAACAGUAAAACCUCGUAAGCACUUUGGUCUCAUGCACUUUUCCCCAAGUUUUGGUAAUGAUAUUUUUAUUAAUCAGUAUUCUCAGUAGGACGUUGCAAGAAUUCCAUUAGGAUUAUUUGGUGCAAGAACAGUAAAAAUGAUGUAGUGUGAUUGUGUGAAUGGAUACAUUCUGUUCUAGGUAAGAGAGAGUUGUUAAUUAAAAUAAAAUGUAUGAGAGAUCUUGGUCUCCUGUU